UUACGAAAUGCCAUUUAAUUUUAAAUGAAUUAUACUUAAAGAAUAUCUGUAGAAGACGAUUAUGGACUAUAAUUAUCGAUGGCCUUCUUACUCGGAAUACUCACCCACCGACAAGAAACCAUGGACGCAUCAUCCGUAUUCGCUUCCACAUUUCACAGCUGGGAUAAAUGGAUACAUCAGAAGAGGUAUUCCUCACAUUUUCCCAAGAAAUCGUUUUCGAAGCAGAAGGGGAAACUUUGCAAGGCUCUCAAACCUGUGCUUUCGAAAUUGCAUUCCACAUUCUUUCCCUAAUAUCUGCAAUCCUCAGUGUGUGAUGCUAAAAAACGAUGAAACAACAGAUGAGCUAAUUCAGCUACCGACAGAGAAGAAUGUAACAUUCAAUGAAUUAAAGCAGGAAUUCCUGCCAGUCAGCCAGAAGACAGACAAAGAAAGCUUGAGUCAUGAUCAUCAAUCUUUUAUUAAUGCGAAUGUUCAUCAUGGUGAAGACAACAAACAUAGAUACUCGUUCAUACCAGGACAAUACGAAAGUGAGGCAGCAUUAACUGUCAAUGCUAACAACGAAUUUCAGAAUCUGCGUAAUUUCGAACAUCCUCGUCUCUUAGAAUCUGGUAACAACUUUUACGAAUUUUGGUCGAAUUAUUCAAUUGGGCUUCCUGUAGAAAGUUUUAGGACCACGGAUAAUUCAAUGUUGCCUUUGCCAACAGCUGACAGCUACCCCAACCAGACAUCUAUGGAGAGUAAUUUCUCAUACAAGAGUCAUCAUUUGAGUUCUGAAAUCAACUACAUGCCUAAUGAAAGCGACUCCGCUAAAACACUGCCAAACAUUUUAGAAAAUGUGUGUUUAACUCAAAAGUCUGAAAAUUUCCUUGAACAACAAGUAGAGCCUAAAGAAUGCAGCGUAGAAUUCUUCAGCCAAGAACCAAUGGACGAAAAAUCCUUGGCCGUACAUCAGAUUGAACGUCUUUUAACAUCCAUGGCUUCAAACUUUUCCACUCAAGAUCAUGAAAAAACAAAGAUUCCAGAUUUUAGCUUAAAUCCUGGCGAUUCUAGUGAUUCCUGUGCCAAAGUCAAUGCCUUAAAGAAUAUACAGGAAUCUGCGAAACCUAUUGCUGUAGAAGAUGUGAAAUUGCAUCCAAGUAUUCCAAUACAAGUGAAUUCUUCAGAAGCAAUAAAUGAAGAUUCUAGCUUAAGUGUCAGCAGUCCUAGAGAUUUUGUUAACUUACCUUCUUCAUGCGAUAAAACCACAAAAGAUUUACUGCAGUCAGCUACCGGGACAGUUGAAGAGAAUUCGCAUUCAAACACUAAUGCGGAAAUAAACAUAGAAGAAUCAAAUAGCGUGUACCUAAAUGAAAACUUCAGUAAUUCUUGGAAAUCUGAUAAAACCAUACUGCCUGAAGUUGCUGAUACAAUGAAAUACGAUUCUGGAUUAUCGAUAAAUCUUGUUGCAUCAGAAGCGGAUAUACGGGAGACAACGUUAGAAAACUCUACAGAUAAUGGAAACAACUCAGGUAGUGCAUCACAAGCACUGACACCAGAGAAAGUUCAACAUCUGCUAGAGCCAUUAGGAUUAGGAAAGGAACCUCCUACGCCAGUUAGCGAUAUCAUGCGACAGAACCAAGUGAUUUUUAAUGAUCUAUCAAAUGGAAUAGUAACUAACGCAGAAAAUAUGGCACAAAUGGAAAUUCAAAAAACGUUGUGCAAAAAUUUGCAAACUGUAAGUGAAUCACUGACGAAAUUCUUUGCGAUCUUCAGUCCACCUUCAGAUUCUUAUUUCUUUCAUGGAAAGGUUAACUUAAAUGAAGAACAAAGUAAAGUACCUUCUGAAGAAAAAACCGUUUUACAAUCCUUAAGAAAUGAGGGUUCAGCGGAGAAAGCAAUAUCAUUGCAAGUGCCCGUAAAGAAAAAUUCUAAUGAUGCACUUUAUGGUGAUAUUUUAAAUACAAAUAUUUUCCCCAAUCAAGUGGAGUCAACUCUGAGCUCUGUCACGAAUUAUGUUUUAGAAGAACCUGCUUCUAAAGAGCCUUGGAUGCUAGGCAGUAUUUUCAAUUCGGAUUUUACAGCCAACGGCGUUACUCUAGAGAAUGAAACUGAACUGUGCAAAGCAGAGCAUGUACAUGAUUUUUCAAACGAGAAAUCUUCUUUUUUAAAUCAAUCAAAGUGUAUUUUCCAGGACAUUCGGGAAAAUGCCAAGUAUUUAGAGUACAAAAACAGAGGUGGAAAAAUAAAAUUUUACAGAGAUGUUCAGACACAAACAGAACAUUUAGACAACAAACGACAGGAUUUGAAAUUGGAAAUGUCUUGCUGUGUUUGUCAGGGCCACUUACAAGUCGUAGAUGGAAUUGGUCGUAGCGAUCGUAACAACGAACGAAAUUUACGUGUUAAAAUAUCCACUGACAAGAGAAAACAGACACGGUGUAAAUAUCGCCCGACCAAGAAAAGAAGGAAAGCUCCUGAAACUGGCGACUUUGUUGAUAUAAAUCAGGAGCAUUUCAGCUCAAGUAUAUGUGUGCGAAAGACAGAGAGAAAUUGUUCUCUUGGGAAAAGACAUUUGACUAUUGCUGAUUCCAAACUUGUAGCGCAAAAGGAUUUGAUUACGAACCACAAAAAUGUUACGCCUAACAAAUUUUGUAUGAAGAAUUUGUCCACUUUUCCAAAACGUAACCAAGUAAACGUCUGCCAAAGAAAAACUUUUACUGUAACCACCAUCAGAAGGAGAAAUGUUAGGCAUUGUGCGCUAGAUGGAGCUCAACGUACGGAAAAUAGAUAUUUAAAUCAGAAUUUCAAAUCAGCCGUCACUCAAAAUUAUGUUAAAGACAACAACAAUCUACCAGUGGAGCAUGAACUAACCAAGUCAAAAAAGGAAAACGAAGUAUUCUUUCCUAGUAGUUCUUCACAGGCUGGGAAUCCCGUCUUGACCAGCGAAAAUAUGCCACGAAAUAAUGUCAAAAUUAUCCUCUCUCGUAUAGAUCAAUCAUCUGUCACAGAUGAAAUUAUCAAAUCAAAACCUCUUUGUCAGUUGCCACAAAAGCUUUUCCAAGUUCAAGACAAAAACAUGGCCAGAGAUAAGCACGGUCAGAAAGAUGAAACACACAUGGCCAGAGAUGAGCAUGGUGGGAGAAUUGAAACAAGUAUGGCCAGAGUGAAGACACCUGAUACGAAAUCAACAUAUCUGAAAGAAAAUAAUGAUAUUUGCCAACGAUCUUCCUUUCGUGGACCAUUGUUCAGUUACUCUCUUCGGCAAUCAACACGUCUUCGUAGCUAUUCUUUAAACUAUUAAUUUUGAUCUAAUUCAUUAUUAGCCUCAUGAAUGAGGAAUUCGUUUUCAGCUUUCGAAUUUGGUAAAAUCACAAGCUUAAUUUUUCAAAAGAAACAAAACAAAACAAAACAAAACAAAAAAAAAAAAUUGAAUUCAAUUAUGAGUUAAGGAAGUUAUAAUUGCGUUGACCAUCUUAAAAUUUAUUAAUCAAAUUGAGAUUUUAAUGACAAACAAUUAUUCGUAAUGACUAAAUCGUAAUGCAAAUUUACUCUUACAUUAUUUUUAUGUUAUUAUUUUUUAAUUAUGAGCUCUGUGAUGUCGCGAAGAAAAUUACGUUAAAGACCGUGGUUAUUUAAAAUGUCAAUGAUUUUUAUAUUUAAUUACAUGAAUAUUUUUAUUAGAUAAUUAAAAAACCUUUUUUGAUAAUGAAAGCUAUUUUAACGAAAAUCAUUAAUUUUGA